GCUCUGUAUCCAGUCUAUAUAUAGCUCCUUCCCCCCAUGGCUUCUCACCACCUUCAGGUUGCCGUCUCUCUUCUUCUCUAGUUCGUUGCUGCCUUCAAUUCACCUUUCCUCAGAGAAUGGGAAGUACCGGAAAAACUGACUACGGUGCCUACACCUAUGAGAACCUCGAGAGAGAGCCUUACUGGCCUUCAGAGAAGCUUCGGAUUUCCAUCACUGGUGCUGGCGGUUUUAUUGCCUCUCACAUAGCACGGCGCCUGAAAACCGAGGGUCAUUACAUCAUAGCCUCUGAUUGGAAGAAAAAUGAGCACAUGACCGAAGACAUGUUUUGCCAAGAAUUCCAUCUUGUUGAUCUCAGAGUCAUGGAGAACUGUCUAAAGGUUACGAAGGAUGUUGACCAUGUUUUCAACCUUGCUGCUGAUAUGGGUGGAAUGGGCUUUAUCCAGUCCAAUCAUUCUGUUAUCAUGUACAACAAUACAAUGAUUAGCUUUAACAUGCUUGAGGCAGCCAGGAUUAACGGGGUCAAGAGGUUUUUCUAUGCCUCUAGUGCUUGUAUCUACCCUGAAUUUAAACAACUGGAAACUAAUGUGAGCUUGAAGGAGUCUGAUGCCUGGCCUGCUGAGCCACAAGAUGCAUAUGGGCUGGAGAAGCUUGCAACAGAGGAGCUAUGUAAACAUUAUAACAAGGAUUUUGGAAUUGAGUGCCGUGUUGGUAGGUUCCAUAAUAUUUAUGGUCCUUUUGGGACAUGGAAAGGUGGAAGGGAGAAGGCUCCUGCAGCUUUCUGCCGAAAGGCCCUCACUUCCGCCGACAAGUUUGAGAUGUGGGGAGAUGGAUUGCAAACAAGAUCCUUCACCUUCAUUGAUGAGUGCGUUGAAGGUGUACUUAGAUUGACUAAAUCAGAUUUCCGUGAGCCAGUAAACAUUGGGAGUGAUGAGAUGGUGAGCAUGAAUGAGAUGGCUGAGAUUGUUCUUAGCUUCGAGGACAAGAAUAUUCCUAUUCACCACAUUCCUGGCCCAGAGGGUGUCCGCGGUCGUAACUCAGACAACACUCUGAUCAAAGAGAAACUUGGAUGGGCUCCAACUAUGAAGUUGAAGGAUGGGCUGAGAAUAACGUACUUCUGGAUUAAGGAGCAGAUUGAGAAAGAGAAGGCUCAGGGUGUUGAUAUUGCAUCCUAUGGGUCAUCCAAAGUGGUUCAAACUCAAGCUCCGGUUCAGCUGGGAUCACUUCGGGCUGCUGACGGCAAAGAAUGAAGUGGCUAUGCAGUGGUCGGCUACACGUGUAUUUGUUUUAAUUGAAGAGUCAGCAUUCAUGUUGUCAUCGGUGGUGUUCAUUAGCUAUUGAGGAUUUCUUUGUCUGAGGUUUGUUGGUGUGUAGGAGGGAAGUAAGGAUUCAGGAAGGUUGUGGCGGGUUUCGUUGUAAUUUGCUAAGCCCAUUACUUGCUUUCUGGGGCUGUUUUACUGUGCCAGAAGUUCAAAGUUCUGUUUAUCUUUAUGAUCGGUUUAUAAGAUAAGGAUUAUAUACUUCCUUCUCGUUAAUCA